AUGCUUCCUCUGUUCCUGGACACUUCAGAGAUUUGGUGGCAGGACCCACCGUCCCUGCAAGCCGAGGCAGCGUCCUGGGACGUGGCGGAGGUGGCAGCGGUGUGCAAGGCAGCCGGUGAGGGCUCAGAGCCCAGCCCCCAGGAGGGGAACAGCACAGAGGGGCAGGAUGUUCAGGACCCGGAGCUGGAGGCCAUCAAAGCCAAACUGCGGGAAAUAGAGAAGGAGGAUGAGAGGCUGAAGGAGCUGCAGCUGGAAGCUGAGAACCACCUGUUCAUGAGCUCAGAAGCAGCUCUCUUCCCACUGACUACCAAGGAGAAGAUGGAGGCUGACCAGCGUUCCAUCUACGUGGGCAAUGUGGAUUACGGGGGCACAGCAGAGGAGCUGGAGUCUCACUUCAACAGCUGUGGGCAGAUCAAUCGUGUCACCAUCCUCUGUGACAAGUUCUCGGGCCACCCCAAAGGCUACGCCUACAUCGAGUUCGAGGAGCAGAGCUCUGUGAAGGCUGCGGUGGAGCUGGACGAGAGCGUCUUCAGGGGCCGUGUCAUCAAGGUGCUGCCCAAGAGGACCAACAUGCCCGGCAUCAGCAGCACCGACCGCGGCGGCUACCGGGGCUACUUCCACACCCGGGGAGGGCUGAGCCGCUGGGGGGGCUACUACGGGCAGCACCCCAGGGUGCGAGGGAGGACCUACAGGUGA